AUGAUAUUAUCAUCCCAGUUCCCCAACUUCCAGCGGCACGAGAGGCAGCCGAGAGUCGAAAUGAGGCGACGGUAUGAGAAGCGACGCGAGAAGGAGGAGAAACUCCUCGGCUCGGAUCACAACGAUGAGGAUGAGGAGGAUGAGGACGAGGAGGUGUUCGGAAGCAAUCAGCCUCUGCAGAUGCGCGUAUUCGACCAAUUGACGGUGCCUGAAGAGCCGACGUCGAAUAGUGUUACGAAUCGCGAGAAACUGCGCAAGAAGUCGAGGAAGCAUCGACGAAGGAGAAGCGGAAGUUUCACGGGCGGCGGAUGGCCGCGAAAAGGCCACCGAAAUCGAAGCCUUCUGGGCUACGCGAUACCGCCGCCGAAUGUGCACACGACCGAUUGGCGGGAUAUGCUGGCGAUCACCGAUUCGAAGGAUGCCGCGCUUUUGAAACAGCUGGGCGUGACAACUUGUUUGCAAACGAAACCGAGAGCCGCGAAUGACGCGGACGAGGCGUCGGCCGGCUCGACGACGCAACUCAUCGGCAACGGCGCGAUGGCGGCGGCGACGACGACGACGACGCCGGCAUCGGUGACGUCGACGAGCGGAAUGCCGCCGAUUUUGUUCAAUCAGGCGAGAUUCGAGGGAUCCGACAUGUCGCUGAAUCGCAACAAUUGGAUUAUUGAGACGUUCACGCGACGCGAAUGCUCGCGAUUCAUUCCGACGAGUCGCGAUUUGCAAAAAUGCGGUUGCGGACGAGCGAAAUUGGCACACGACGAGAUACCGAAAUUGACGCUCGAAUAUCUCACUCAGAAGCGUUCGCUUCAACAAUUGGAGCAGUCGCGCGCGAUUGGCAAAGACGAUUCGGAGAUCAACACGGCGACGAUGACGACGACGGCGACCAACAUGAGACGAGAUGGCAUCAAUGAGAAGUGGAGCCUUCGGAAGCAUACGGUCGUGUUGCCGACGAACGCCUACGGGCAAAUCGAAUUUCAAGGCGGCCCUCAUCCGUACAAGGCGCAAUAUAUUCGAUUGAGUUUCGACACGGAGCCGGCGCUGAUUAUGUCGUUGUUCGAGCAUGUCUGGCAGAUCACACCGCCCAGAUUGAUAAUAACGGUGCAUGGCGGAACUAGCAAUUUUGAUCUUCAACCGAAACUCGCGCGCGUCUUCCGCAAAGGCCUUCUGAAGGCGGCGUCGACGACGGGAGCGUGGAUCAUCACUAGCGGAUGCGAUACGGGAGUUGUGAAGCAUGUUGCGGCGGCGCUUGAAGGCGCCGGCUCGGCGCAACGCAACAAAAUCGUGUGCAUUGGAAUCGCGCCGUGGGGAUUGCUCAAGAAGCGCGACGAGCUCACUGUGCAGGAUGAGCCGGUGAAGUUGUAUGCGUCGGCGCCGAAGGGCAGAUUCACGGUACUCAACAAUCGGCACUCGUAUUUCCUUCUGGUUGAUAAUGGAACCGUUGGAAGAUUCGGCGCCGAGGUCAUCCUUCGGAAGCGUCUCGAAAUGUACAUCUCGCAGAAGCAGAAGAUCUUCGGCGGCACCCGAAGUGUUCCGGUCGUCUGUGUGGUGCUCGAAGGCGGCAGCUGCACGAUUCGAUCCGUUCUCGAUUAUGUCACCAAUGUGCCCCGCGUGCCCGUCGUCGUCUGCGAUGGAAGUGGCCGAGCCGCCGAUCUGCUGGCGUUCGUCCAUCAGAAUGUGACAGAGAACGGGCAACUCGCCGAUGAGAUCCGAACGCAGGUGCUCGAGCUCGUCGAGAAGACGUUCGGCUGUACGGAAGCGUCGGCGAAUCGCCUCCUUCACGAGUUGAUCGUGUGCGCGCAGCAAAAGAAUCUGCUGACGAUCUUUCGGCUCGGCGAGAAGGGCGAACUCGACGUCGACCACGCGAUUCUCACCGCGCUGCUCAAAGGCACCAAUUUGUCGGUGGCCGAUCAGUUGGCGUUGGCGUUGGCGUGGAAUCGUGUCGACAUUGCGCGAUCGGACAUCUUCACGAAUGGCAAUGAAUGGCCGCAAGCCGCCCUUCACAACGCGAUGAUGGAAGCGCUGAUUCAUGAUCGCGUCGAUUUUGUGAGGCUUCUCCUCGAGCAGGGCAUCAACAUGCAGAAAUUUCUGUCGAUCACACGACUCGAAGAGCUCUACAAUACCGACAAGGGACCACCGAACACGUUGUUCUACAUUAUUCGCGAUGUUGUUCGCGUCAAGCAUGGAUAUCGAUUCAAGCUUCCCGACAUCGGAUUGGCGAUCGAGAAGCUGAUGGGCAACGCGUACAAAUCGAAAUACACGUCGUCGGAAUUCCGCGAGAAGUACAAAGAGCGACAGAAGCGCACGAAAAUCAUGAAGAAGAAGGGCGCGACGACGAAUCCGUUUGUGAUGCGCUCGCACGGCGGCUCGGCGGCGAUGUCGCGUCAAUCGACGGAAGUCGGCGGGCUGUUCGGCGCGAGCUACAACAAUCCGCAGGACACCGUCUGCGAGGCGGUCGGCGUGAACGCGGUGUGCGGCAGUCGCGCAUUGAGCAAUCACAUUUUGUGGCGGAGCGCCUAUCGGACGAAUGUGGGCACGAAUGCCAAUCGACCACCGAAUAUGGGCGACUCGAGAGAAUGCUAUAGCGAUUUUGGAGAUGAUUUGUCGCUAAGCGGCGGUUCGGUGAACUCGAGCACCGAGCCCGACUUUCGCUAUCCGUACAGCGAGCUGCUCAUUUGGGCGGUGUUGACGAAACGCCAAGAAAUGGCGUUGUGCAUGUGGCAGCACGGCGAAGAGGCGUUGGCGAAGGCGUUGGUGGCGUGCCGUUUGUACAAGAGUUUGGCGACGGAAGCCGCCGAGGAUUAUCUCGAAGUCGAGAUUUGCGACGAGCUCAAAAAAUAUGCCGAAGAAUUUCGAGUGCUUUCUCUUGAGCUCCUCGAGCACUGCUACAAUCAGGACGACGCGCAGACGCUUCAGCUUCUGACGUAUGAGCUGUCGAAUUGGAGCGACGAGACGUGUCUGGCACUAGCUGUCAUUGUGAACAACAAGCAUUUUCUCGCGCAUCCCUGCUGCCAAAUAUUGCUCGCCGACCUUUGGCACGGCGGAUUGCGAAUGCGAACGCAUUCGAACGUCAAAGUCGUGCUGAGCCUGCUGUUUCCGUUCAUGGUGCUGUGUCUCGAGUUCAAAACGCGCGAGGAGCUUCUCAAUCAGCCGCAAACCGCCGCCGAGCACGAGCAGGACAUGAACGAGAUCGUCUCGUCGUCGUCGUCGUCGUCGAGCAGCUCGAGCAGCUCGAGCGAGAGCAGCACGAGCGGCUCGGAAAGCGACUACGAGGACAACAACAAUGGUGGCAAAGAUCGACGAAGUCGCAAACAAUCGCAAGGAAGUGUCCAGUCGCUCAAUAUCGCCUCGUUGUUCAACAGUAAGCGCAAGAAGGCGAAAAAGGAUCGCGAGCCCGAUGUGGCGACGAUAGAGAAUGGCCGAGUCGGACCGACGAUCGGCGAGUACGGCACAUUCGCGUCGAACGGCGCCCUCUCGCCGAUUCCGAUGUAUCUGAAGCAUCGCAAUCGUCACACCUCGUAUAGGGACAACGAUAUGGAGAGCAAAUCCGGAUCGAUGCAUUUUGGAUCGAAUAAGAGUUUCGACAAAUCGGUGAAGUUGAGCGGCGUCUCGUCGGAAAUGCCGAAGAUUGGAAUUCUCGAGCAGUUCCAAGGAACGCGUCAACUCAAAUACCGCCGUCGAUUCUACGAGUUCUACACGGCGCCGAUCAGCACGUUCUGGGCGUGGGCGAUCUCGUUUGCGGUGUUCAUCGGCACACUGACGCACACGUUGCUCAUCAAAACGCCGCCGUCGCCGACAAUCACCGAGUGGUGCCUGUUCGCGUAUGUCGUCGCGUUCGGCCUCGAAUACACGAGAAAAAUGCUCAUGAGCGAUAUGCGAACGUUUUUUGAGAAGGUGAUCGCGUUUUACAGCAACUUCUGGAAUUCGGUCACGAUGCUCGCCAUCGUCUUGUUCAUUGUCGGAUUCUUGAUUCGAGUGUUCAUAAGUGUCCCGUAUGGAAGAGUCAUUAUGGCGACGGAUUCGGUUUUGUGGACGAUGAAGCUGCUGGAUUAUAUGAGUGUGCAUCCGAGACUUGGACCAUAUGUGACGAUGGCCGGCAAAAUGAUCCAAAACAUGUCGUACAUCAUUGUGAUGCUCGUCGUCUCGCUGCUGUCGUUCGGACUCGCCCGUCAGAGCAUCACCUAUCCGAACGAGGAUUGGCACUGGAUUCUCGUGCGCAACGUGUUCCUCAAACCCUACUUCAUGCUCUACGGCGAGGUAUACGCGGACGAGAUCGACACGUGCGGCGACGAGGCGUGGGAUCAGCAUUUGGAGAACGAUGGUCCGGUGAUGCUCGGCAACGGCACGACGGGAUUGUCGUGUGUGCCCGGCCAUUGGAUUCCGCCGCUCCUCAUGACAUUCUUCCUUCUGAUUGCCAACAUUCUGCUCAUGAGCAUGCUUAUUGCGAUAUUCAACCACAUAUUCGACGCGACCGACGAGAUCGCCCAACAGAUUUGGCUGUUUCAACGAUAUAAGCAGGUGAUGGAAUACGAGUCGACGCCAUUCCUGCCGCCACCAUUCACACCAAUCCACCAUGUCUACAUGCUGUUCAAAUACAUUCAAUACAAAUUGACGACGGAUGAGCAGAAGAAAUUGGAGCAGAAGCACUCGAUUUUCGAUUUUUCGCUGAAGCUUUUCCUCACCGAUGAUCAAAUCGAGAAGCUUCAUGAUUUCGAGGAGGACUGCAUGGAGGAUUUGGCGCGUCAAAAAGAGAACGAGAAGAACACGAGCAACGAGCAGCGAAUUUUGCGCACCGAUCAGCGGACGGAUCAGAUUCUGAAUCGGAUGGUCGAUUUGCAGGCGAAGGAGACGAUGAGUCGCGAGGCGGUGUCGGAGAUCGAUCAGCGAUUGACGGCGGUUGAGAAGAAUCAGGCGGAGAUUCUCGACAUUGUGCGAGCGCUUCACGCCGCCGGCCAACCGCCGCCGUCGGCGAUCGCGCGAUGCCUCUCGCCGGCGUCGGACACGCCGGCGCCGAUCAUUCUCAAAUUGCCGACGACGAGCGACGCGAUCGGCGACGAGUUGCGCGCAUCGCAAGACGACGCCGACCACCAUUUGCGUCCGGUGCGUCGGAAUCGCACGUCGACGGUGUGCGGCUACACCGUCGACGUCGACGCGAGCGGCGGCGGCGCGGCGCUUCUCUCGCCGAAAGGAUUGGAGCGUCUGACGUCGGUGCCGUCGAUCGACGUCAUGCCGGGCAACACGACGUUCGCCGCGAAAACAACGAUGGUGUCGAUUCGACGCCAACAGCGUCAUGAGGAGUACACGUCGAUCACCGACUCGAUCAAUGUGAACUACGGUCGAACGCCGAGAAUGAAUCGAUCGAACAGCAGCGAUCGACCGGAAUCGCCGAUCGACAGCGACGCGAUGAUCGACGAGGUGGUCUCGCCGCGAAAACGAUCGACGCGCGACAUGCGCGUCGGAUUGUCGCACGAUGAGAUUCGCGAUGUGAUUCCGCCGCCGGUGGAUGAGAGGCACGACGAGGAGGAGGAGGAAGGCCAAGCGGAUUGUGAGCUCACUGACGUCGUCACCGACGAGGAGGAAGAGGACGACGGCGACUAUGAGGAGGACGACGAGUUGGAGUUUCAGCGAGCGCAUGCUCCGACGCUGGCCGAACGCGAUAUUGAUGAUUUGCCGGUGGCGGCGCGCUUGUUGCGUCUGGACAUCGUCGACGAAGAAUGCGGCGCGGUGCAUCCGACGCCCGAAGUCGCCUCGCCGACGACGCCGCAGCGAAGCGAGACGACGGCGGCGAUGAUGUUGAAGAAGCGCGAAUGA